AUGCAUCGGGCGCGGCCCCUCGCCGCUGCCCUGGCCCUCCUCCUGGCCGCAUCCCUCCCCUUCCCGGCCACCUCCUCCAAGGUGCUGGCGAUCCUGGCCAGCGACUCGAUCAAGUCCAGCCACUCCCAGUUCUUCGACGGCCUGGCAUCGGCGGGACUGGAUGUCACCUUCAAACUCGCCAGCGAUCCGGUCAAGCUGCGGGACUGGGAUACGUGGCUGUACGACCAUAUGGUGAUCUUCGCGCCGAGGGCCAAGGCGUUCGGGGAAGGGGUGGGCGUGCGGGACGUCCUUGACUUCAUCGACGCGGGGCACGAUCUCCUGCUGGCGGCGGGGCCGGAUCAAUCUUCCAGGGUCUCCGAGCUGGCCGCGGAGUGCGGCGUGGACCUCGACGCGCCGGGCACCAUGGUCCACGAUCACAUCUCCUUCGCGGACUGCAAGCUGGAAUCGCCAAAGGGGGCUUCCACGCUGGUAGUUGCAUCGCAUGCCGUGGAUUCAGGGGCAAUCUUGGGGAGGAUGGCGGAGGGGGGGAGGCUCAAGGCACCCGUGGUAUUCAGGGGAGUCGCGGCAACCGUUCCCAGGGAAUCCGAGCUGGUGACGGUGGCCCUGACGGCAUCUGGAACGGCCUACUCGCACGGGCCAGGGUUCCAGAUGCCGGACCCGCCCCAGCUGAUUGCCGGCCGGGAGGUGGCCCUGGCCAGCCUGAUGCAGGCCAAGAACAACGCCCGAGUUGCGGUGCUGGGGUCGAUGGACAUGUUCAGCAACGAGUUUUUUGAGAUGGCAUUCAAGGUGUGGGGCAGCGGGGAGGGCCACAAGCAGCCGGGCAACAGGGAGUUCUGCCAGCGGGUGGCGGAGUGGACGUUCCAGAGGUCCGGGGUGCUGCGGGCGUCCGCGCCCAGGCACUGGGAGGCCGGCAGCAAGGACCAGCCCGCCACAUACAGGGUGGACGCAGACAUCCAUUUUGAGAUCGACAUUGCGGAGUUCAAGGACGGGCAGUGGGGGCCGUUCGAGAGCGACCAGAUCCAGGUGGAGUACGUGAUGAUGGACCCUUAUAUACGGAAGACACUGUCCCACGAUGGGAAUGGGACGUUUUAUGCGGACUUCAAGGCCCCCGACGUGUAUGGAGUGUUCAAGUUUGUGAUCGACUACAUGGGUACGGGGUACAGCUACCUGGCGAUCAGCGAACAGGCACCCCUGAGGCCUUUCAGGCACGAUGAGUACGAGAGAUUCAUACUGUCCGCCUACCCCUACUAUGCGAGCUGCUUCUCCAUGAUGAUCGGAUUCUUCCUGCUGGGCUUCCUUUACUUGUACCACAAGUGA